AUGGCCGCAAUUUCACCGGAACCACCCGCAACAAGUAGCGAACAGACAAUUCAAUCUCGGGAAACUCCUCAGCCAUGGUCUGGACCAAGGGAAGGUGAAGGGCCUCUUGACCCCAUCUACGUUUUCCUCAUGAUUGCCGUACCUAUUAUCGUUGGGGCUUUAUUCACUUAUGACCAUCGGAACCAAGGCGUGAGAAUCACAUUUAUCAUUCUUUGUGGGGCUAUGCCAGCGAAGGAUUCAACUUUUCCUACUCAAAUUGAACGAAACAUGGACUCUGAGUCUUUUACAUACACCAGCAUCCCACCUGGGCGAAACUUUCGGUUGCUUAGGAUUCUCCCAGGCGCGUCUGAUGAUGCUCUGGCAUGCGAGGUUUUCGUAUCUGACCUAGACAAUUCAACGCCAUACACAGCUCUUUCAUAUGUCUGGGGAAAUCCAGACAAGGUCGGAAACCUCGAGCUAUCAGGGCAUGCCUGCCGGAUCACACGUAGUCUCUCGGACGGGCUACGUCGUCUUCGAAAGCCCGAUGAGGCGCAGGUUGCCUGGGCAGAUGCAAUCUGUAUCAACCAGAAUGACGACAUUGAGAAAGGUCACCAAGUUGACUUGAUGGGUGAUAUCUAUGAUAAUGCCCAUCAUGUGGUUGUGUGGCUGGGACCUGAUCCUACGACCUCUGCAUCUGAGGCGUUUCGAUGCUUGCAAACGAUCAACUACAAACUGUAUACUAAAACAGACAAAGAGUACUUCUACCCCGAUGAAAAGGAAAUGGGCACAGUAUACAUGAAAACAGAAGCUGAUCCAGAGCCUCGAGCGAUGUCAAGACCAGUCGGAAGACGGUCAGUUCAUCGCUCUGUGCUUGGUGAAAAGGGAACAGACUGUGUUGGGAGACUUUUUGAUCUAUCAUGGUUCUCCCGCGUGUGGGUCCUCCAAGAAGUCGGUCUUGCAGGCUCAGCAACAGCAAUUUGGGGAGACAGCAGUAUUGAAUUCGGCGAGAUUGCUUCCUUCAUCUGGAACGUCUACUACACCGAGGAACUAAGGCAUGCAUUGGGAGAUGAGAUAACCCAAAAACUCUCGGGAGCACCUCUCUAUUCUGUGUGGAAUGUCUGGUCCACGUACGAAAAGAAAGAGUCAUGGAUAUACCGAACACCCUUGCUGAGGAGCUGCGCUGAGCUUAUUGCUGGUCAGUGCAGUAUUGACUUUGUCCUUGUUCUUGAGGCGUCACGCUACUUUAAUGCCACCAACCAGCUGGAUCAUGUGUAUGCCUUUCUGGGUCACCCAAAGGCUAGGAACCCUGUCACAAAAGCCCCAUGGCUACAGGCCAACUACUCCCUGGAUGUCCAAGAACAGCACAGACUGUUGGCCGCCAGCCUGUCUCAGGACUCGUUGAACUUCCUGGUGCAGGCUCAUCAGACUGAAGAAAGCCUCAGACUCGAAUCUGGAUAUCCAAGUUGGGUCCCAAUGUGGAACGAGAAGACGGAAAACCACGCAGACGCGUUUUGGGAAGCAUGGGAUGCUAGUCUCCGAAAGGAAGAAGGAAAGACUUUCAAGACCUACGCUGAUGGUCAUCGUCUUAGAGUAUCGGGGCUUAUAAUCGGCGAGAUUGACCAGUUCACACGAACUAUGGAGUCGUCGGACUUUGAUGUUGAAAAGGAUUUCGGCGGCCUCCUUAUUGACUUGUGUUGGGACUUGGCAGGACGAAGGCCGAAUCCAUAUUCACCAAAGGAGGUACUAGCGGCAUUCGCAUCGACACUGUCCUGCCACUAUAAGAUCAGAGGAAACCAACCUCUAGACGGCCGUGAGCGAGUAGUAGAGCAGUUGGCCGGUUAUUGUAUGCAUCUGAACAAUGGAUUCUACCAAGCUCAUUUGGUACCAAAACACGGCGAUGGUUUCUGGAACCUGAACACGGUGCUGGAAGUUGGCAAAUCUUUUACGCCUAGUUUUAAGUCCCAUGCCGUUAAUAGGCGGUUCUUCAACACGACGGAUGGUUAUUGGGGAAUGGGGCCUUCAGCGAUGCAGUCCGGGGAUAUAUGUGCUGUACUUCUCGGUGCCGAUGUCCCGUUUGUGUUAAGGCCAAAGGGGGAUGCUGGAGAGUAUCAAGUGGUAGGACAAUGCUACAUGUACAAUUUCAUGGAUGGUCAGGCAGUCAUGGCAUCUCGAGCAGGGGAGAGCGGUUAUGAUGAAAGGGAAAUUAUUCUUGUGUAA